GCGGCGGGAGGUGGGAAGUGCCGAGCGGCGCCGGCCGCGGCAUGGCCCGGCGCGGCGCGGCGUGGCCCGCCAUAGUGGCGCGGGGGGAGCGGCGCUGCCCAGGGCUAUAAUCAAAGUGCAAGAUGGCAAGAACCAGCCACAGCAACUACGUCCUUCAGCAGCUAAACAACCAAAGAGAGUGGGGCUUUCUGUGCGACUGCUGCAUCGCUAUCGAUGAUAUUUAUUUUCAAGCACACAAAGCAGUCCUUGCUGCAUGCAGCUCCUAUUUUAGGAUGUUUUUUAUGAACCAUCAACACACUACAGCCCAGCUGAAUCUAAGCAACAUGAAGAUUAGCGCUGAAUGCUUUGAUCUCAUUUUACAGUUCAUGUAUUUAGGAAAAAUUAUGACAGCCCCUGCCAACUUUGAGCAGUUUAAAGUGGCCAUGAACUAUUUACAGCUCUAUAACGUACCUGAAUGUCUAGAAGAUAUACAGGAUACAGACUCCUCUAGUUUAAAAUGUUCAUCUUCUGCCUCUAGCACCCAGAAUAGUAAAAUGAUAUUUGGCGUGAGAAUGUACGAAGACACGCUGGCUAGAAACGGCAACGAAGCAAACAGGUGGGGCAUGGAGCCGCCAAGUUCAACGGUAAAUACGUCCCAUAACAAAGAGCCUGACGAAGAAGCUUUGCAGCUAAGCAGCUUCCCCGAGCAACUCUUUGAUGUCUGCAAAAAAAGCACCACGUCCAAAUACUCUCACACAAAAGAGCGCGUGUCCCACUCGCGCCGGUUUGGAAGAAGCUUCACCUGCGACAGCUGCGGGUUUAGCUUCAGCUGUGAAAAGCUACUGGAUGAGCACGUGUUAACGUGCACUAACAGGCAUUCCUACCAAAGUGCCAGGUACUAUGGUGCUGAAAAAAUAGACUUUAGUGAAAAGGACUCGGCUUCUAAAGUCAUCUCCACGCAAACGGAAAAAUACAAGGGGGACUCGAGCCAAGCUGCAGACGAUUCCUUGUCUCCCGUGUCAAACAUCACGAGCAGGAAAAGCAGCACGGUUGCCUCCGAGACUUCGGGUGAAGAGGGAAGUAGAGCCUCCGAGAGGAAGAGGAUUAUCAUCAAGAUGGAACCAGAGGACAAUCCUGUAGAUGAGCUGAAGGAUUUUAAUAUUAUUAAGGUGACAGAUAAAGACUGCAACGAGUCUUCCGACAACGAUGACUUAGAUGACGAACAGGAAGAGCCGCUCUACAGAUACUACGUCGAGGAAGAGAUCAGAGAGAAGAGAAAUGCUCGGAAGACUUUAAAACCCCGUUUAUCCAUGGACGAGGAUGAAAGAAAAUGUUUGAGAAGUCCACGGCACCUUAACAGGAAGGCUCCUUCGGUGCAGGAGGACGUGGAGAACGCUCCCUGUGAACUUUGUGGGCUAACAAUCACCGAGGAAGAUUUGUCCUCCCAUUACUUAUCCAAACACAUAGAAAAUAUAUGCGCUUGCGGCAAGUGCGGUCAAAUCCUGGUGAAAGGCAAGCAGUUACAGGAUCACGCACAGACCUGUGGAGAGCCCCAGGAUCUGACCAUGAACGGUAUCAGAAAUUCCGAGGAGAAAAUGGACUUGGAAGAAAACCCCGAGGAGCAGUCGGAAAUAAGGGACAUGAUGUUUGCAGAGAUGCUGGAGGACUUCAGGGACAGUCACUUCCAAAUGAACAGCCUUCAAAAAAAGCAGUUAUACAAGCAUUCUGCCUGUCCUUUCCGAUGCCCUAAUUGCGGCCAGCGCUUCGAAUCCGAAAACCUAGUGGUUGAGCAUAUGUCCAACUGCCUGGAGCAAGAUCUGUUCAAGAACUCCAUGAUGGAAGAGAACGAGAGGGAUCACAGACGUAAGCAUUUCUGCAAUCUUUGUGGGAAAGGAUUUUAUCAGCGUUGCCACUUGCGGGAACACUAUACCGUUCAUACCAAGGAAAAACAGUUUGUUUGUCAGACAUGUGGGAAGCAGUUCUUAAGAGAGCGGCAGUUGCGGCUCCACAAUGAUAUGCACAAAGGCAUGGCCAGUAGUGAAAUAGGGACUUCUAAGCUUCUGAACAACUGAGAGAACCAGGUUUGAAGAAGACAUGAGGAAGAAAUGGUCGGCAAAAGAUUUCAUAAAAGCUCAGAACCACGUGUGCCAGAUCUGAAUUGGCACCACCUUUGCCUUUUUGUUUUUUUUUGACAUACUGCAUCAGUCGCAAAAGGCACCAAAGCAGUCAAAUUAAAACAUGCAGUAAAACUUGGUUUUGGACUCUUCUCUGUAUUACAAAACUUACUCCCUUGUGACUAUUAUUUACACCUGGUAAAAACCAAAUUUGAAGUCUCUUUUCAUGGAGCAGACAGACAAAAGAAGCAGAUGCCAGGUGUUAAGGGCUGCACUGAAAUGAAUCUGCAGACUUUGCUGUUCACAUGCUGGAGUGCUCCUUUUCUGAAAUGAGGCUUCUUAGAGUUUUGGUCAAAAAACUGUUUAGAGCUUUUUAGUUCAAGCACUAGAAGUGUAUACUCCUGAACUACAGCUUACAUAUUUUCAGACAGUUACAAUGCUAAGCUAAGUGUUAAAAAAGAGGAAAAAAAAUAGUCUGGAAUACAAGGAGAAAAAAAAAAUAAAGUCUUAAAAACUGAGGCCAGAGGGUCCCUGAGGAAGGACAGGAUGGUGAGAAAAAAGAUCCAGCUGACUCCAUUCCCCUGCUGCCAUGAUCAUCAUUUGCAAGCUGAAGAGGACCUUCCACGGAGCACAGUGCUUGUAUGUGGAGAGUAAAGAAAUGGUGCUCUGGUCUUAUUACAAGGAUGCUGAAAAAAUUUUUACCAACAAAGAGAUGGGUAAAUGUGAACUAAUCUUCACAGGGCACGGGGUGCCCCUUGCUCUGGUGCAUUCAUGUUCAGAUUGCAGCAUUUUAUGAAUCCUAAUGUUUCCAGCUAAAUCAAUCAGAAAACAGAAACCCUACCAAAAAAAAUCCCACACCCAACAAGGCAGUAAAUGAUCCAAAUUAGGGCCAGCAUGGAUUAAAAAUACAUUAAUCUCAUUGGCUUCCCCCAGACUAGUGUCUCAGAUUGAGGCACAUAAGCAGACUAAACAUGCUGAUCUCUAUUCUGCUGUAGUUACGCAUCUUACUAAUUCUACUCAUGCCUAUAAAAGGAUGUUUCAUUGUUAACUGUUAUCUCAAGAAGAGUCUGUCUAUAAGUUUAUUUACAAUUGGCAUCAUUUUCAUUCCUGUUGUUAUGAAGUGUGUAAAAUAUUGUCUGUAUUGCAGCUUGUAUAGGGCAUGUGUCUGUGCUUGCUUUACUCUUUUGAGUUUAUGGAGUUGCUAUACAAAUGCAAGAAAGGUGUUCAGGUAUCUUUGAAUGUGGUUUGCUUAAUCUGAUUACGUAACCCCAAACGUUUCAGCAUCUAGAUGUUGAAGGUACUGGCUCUAUUAACACAUAGAACACCUUAAACAUUAAUGUAGGCAUUAUAAAAGCCUUCAGUGCAAUGCUGGAAUUGCCAACACUUCUGUCCCAGUGGCUGUGCUGGAGCAAAGGGGAAGGUGGUGAAUGUAUCUGGGCAAAGCCAGGUACCACUGGGGAUCCAGCUGGGAGAAGGCACAGAAUAGCUGGGGAUAGCAGCAGAUGGAAUGUCCUUUCUGUGGAGAACGGGAAGGACUUUCAGGGUAGGACCACCACGAAGCAGAAGGGACCUGUGCUUAGAGAAUCACCUAACAGUAUAAUAAGCAUCGGACAUCUAGAACAGGCUGUGACUGUUCUGUAACAUGGCAAUGAUUUGUAGCCUAUGUAGAGUAUCAGUGAAGACAUUGCAGGUUAGUUUUCAUAAUCUUUAAAGCUUAUUCUGUGCUUUGAUACAGUAUCUUUAAUAAAAUAUUCUUACAAA